AUGUCAGAUGACAGUUCAACUGAUGAGAACAUGGAUAGUGAUCAUCUAUUGAAAACAAAAAGCUCAAUGGAUGAAAGUUAUCCGUUGAAAAAUAGCUCAUCAGUUGACAAGAAAGUUCUCAAGAAAUUAAACAAGAAAUAUGGCCCUGUUAACAAAAAUUUUGUUAAAGGGGAGGAUAAUUCUUCUGAGACAAAUGAUAAGAAACUUAAGAAGAAAUUGGAUGUUUGUGAGUCUAAAUCAGAAGAGACUGAAAAGAAAAGAGGAAAUAGAAAUGGUAAAAUUAGAGUCAAUAAGCACACAAACUACACUCCCAAUGCUAGUGCUCCUAGGAAAACUUGCAGUAAAUGUGGUAGUGUUAAUCAUCUGUCUGCAGAUUGUAAAACUGUGAUCCCUCCAAACUUAUCCAUGCCUAUGCCUAUGUCAUCUGUUUCUAACAUGCAUUUAUCUGCUAUGAACAUGAUGCCUGGUGUAUUGCCUCACAAUCCAUACUCUCAGUCUAGCAUGCCAUACAUGUUCAAUCCAUAUUUCAAUGCAUUUAACAUGCCUCAAUUUCACUCAAACUUUCAAGCCUGUGUUGUCACCAAGGGAGAUGACAACAAUGUGGUACUAAUUGGACAAAGAAAAGGAAAUGUGUAUGCAUCUGACUUCAACUCUGUUAAAUCCGAUUCAGUCACUUGCUUUCUUAGCAAAGCAAGCUCAGAUGACAUUUGGCUAUUGCACAAAAGAUUGUCUCGUUUAAAUUUCAAGACAAUAAAUGAGUUGGUAAAGAAGGAUCUAGUCAGAGGAAUUCCAAAGCUGGAAAUUUCCAAAGAUGGUUUGUGUGGAGCAUGUCAGCAAGGAAAGCAAAAGAGAAGCUCUUUCAAAAGCAAAGUUCUUUCAUCAAUUGUGAAGCCUAUUCAACUUUUGCAUAUGGAUUUGUUUGGACCAGUCAACAUUAUGUCAAUUUCAAAGAAGAAAUAUUGUCUAGUGAUUGUUGAUGAUUUUUCAAAAUUUACUUGGACUUUCUUCUUACAUUCUAAGGAUAAAGCUGGGAAAAUCAUUAUCAAUCACAUCAAGGCAUUAAACAACAAUCCAGAUGUCAAAGUUGAGAGAAUCAAAAGUGAUAAUGGAACUGAAUUCAAAAAUUCAGUGAUGAAGGAAUUUUGUGAAGAAAAGGGAAUUAUUCAUGAGUUCUCUACACCAAGAACUCCACAACAAAAUGGAGUAGUGGAAAGGAAGAACAGAACACUAAUAGAAGCUGCAAUAACCAUGAUUAAUGAAGCUCAAUUGCCAACCUAUUUCUGGGAUGAGGCUGUGAACACUGCCUGUUUUACUCAAAAUAUAUCCUUCAUAACCAAAACUCACAGUCUGACUCCCUUUCAACUCUUUAAAGGGAAGAAGCCUUUAAUUAGCUUUCUUCAUGUGUUUGGAUGCAAGUGCUAUGUUCUAAGGAAUCAAGUAUUUGAUGAUAAAACGAUACAAGGUCUUUCAAAUGAAGGAUUUCAUGACAAUCUCAGACUUGAAAAUGAAGGUGAAGGUGAUUUGUAUGAUAGUGAUGAUGAUUGUGAUGAUUAUAUACCGAAUGCUGAAGUUAAUCCUGGAAUUAACAUUCCAAUGGAUGAGACAACAGCCAUCGAAAACUCAACUGAAGCAUCAGUUGAAACUCCUCUGGAUUCAUCAGUCGAAAUAUUGUCUCAAAAUUCCAAUCAAUUUAGGAAUAAUGAGAUAUCAGAUUUAGGGGGAGCUUUUCAACAUGGCAAUCUGAACUACAACAAUGAGGCUACUUCAUCAAGACAAUCAUUUCCACCUCAAAGAAAAUGGACAAGGGAUCAUCCUUUUGAAUUAAUAAUUGGUGAUGCAAAUGCAUCUGUUCAAAACAGAAGAGCUACUCAAGAUGAAUGCCUAUACAGUGCAUUUCUUUCACAAGAUGAGCCUAAAGUAAUAGAAGAUGCUCUCAAAGAUGCUGAUUGGGCACAAAAUGGGUAUUCAGAAACAAAAUGGAUGAGAAUGGAGUUGUCACCAGAAACAAAGCAAGACUUGUGGCUAAAGGGUAUUCUUAAUAUGAAGAAAUUGUUUUUGAUGAUGUAA